AUGGUACGCUCUGGCUUCACGGACUCCAAGAACCUCUAUCUAUACAGCCACAUCAUCACAAAGCAAGUGCUGCAGUCACCGCAAAAGGCACUCACCAACAAGCUCACCCUUGCGCAACUACCACCAAACAGAAAGCUGCAUCCGCCAGCUCUCCGCAGGGACCAUUGGGUUCCGCUCUGCAAAGUAGAGUUUGCGCGAGAGACAAAUGAGCCUGUCCCAGAAAAGAAGAAGAAGAUUCGCGCUGUGCCGGAAUCACGGACGAUGAAUCAAGUCUAUAACAGACUCCUCGAUUAUCGCCGCUGGCGAGCAAAUGAGCGCGUCCCCUCGGUCUUGGCGAGUGAAGGGACUGUCGAGAGUAAUCAAAAAGCGAGAUUUGUCAAUGUGCCGCGAAAGAGACGGUUGAGGGAGGAGAAUGAGCAUAUUGCCACGAGUGUCGCGGACCUUGCAGCAGCGAUUGAUACAUUUACGCUGAGGGAGGCAGGCGAAAGGCUACCUGUUGUCAUCAAGUGGCUAGAACCUACGGAUGCUGACCAUGCGACGAGCUGGCCGGCGAAUGUCACGCACACGGGCGGCCUAUCGACCAUUCGUGGCUACAAGUGGACGGAGCAGUCAUCCGCUUCUCGGGAUGCAGCAUCGACCGCAACAGAGUCGACGGAGACAGAGACAGCUGCACCUACGGCAGCUUAG